CGGGUCUGUCAAAAAAAAACUACCGCUACUCUGCGAAGCUAGUUGUGCUAGCAGGAGAUCUUUCUGCUGCCAUUUGCCUCGUUUUCUGCUGACAAAUUGUCCUGCGUGGGAGACAGCAUGUCGAACGCCUUCCCCAGGUGUCCUCCGACCAACAACAUGGACACCUGCAGACAACGAGCCGAGUCAGGACGAGACGGCAAAUCUCACAAGAAGAAGGCGUCUCCCCACCUCAACACGCCAUGCAGCGAAGAAGGAGAACGCAAGCCUAAAUUCCACCUCCAAUUUAGAAAUCUCACCGAUGACGUGCUGGACAGAUUUGCCAGUAUUCGGAUCCCGGGGAGCAAAAAGGAGCGGCCCACCCUAGCGCAUGCUAAACACAGCCACUCGGAUUGGGCCGUGUUUUCCUCCUCCAACUCCCACGAGUUUGUGGAACUCUCAUCCAAGAUCACUUCAGAGAAGGAAAUCCUGGCACUGUUUGAAAAGAUGAUGGAGGACAUGAACUUGAACGAAGAAAAAAAGACACCCUUGAGAGAUAAGGACUUGAGUACAAAAAGAGAAAUGGUCAUGCAGUACGUUUGUACUGCUUCAAAAACGGGCAGCUUGAAAAGCAGCUAUCAGAUAUCUCCCCAGGAAUUCCUGGGAGAACUCAAGUCAGGUGUGAUGGAAGAACGUCUGUUUGCUUGUCUGGAUUCUCUGCGAGUUUCACUGACCAGCAAUCCUGUCAGUUGGGUGCAGAGCUUUGGUCAUGAGGGCCUUGGAUUGCUACUUGACAUUUUGGAGAGGCUGCUGGCCAAGAAACCGCAGGUGCGGCUUGACAAAAAGAACCAACAUAAAGUCAUCCAGUGUCUAAAGGCCUUCAUGAACAACAAGUAUGGCCUGGACAGAAUCCUUGGGGAGGAGAGAAGUCUGGCACUCCUUGCAAGGGCAAUAGACCCCACCCAGUCGGCCAUGAUGACCGACGUGGUCAAGCUCCUUUCGGCCAUUUGCAUUGUGGGCGAAGAGAACAUCCUGGAGAAGGUCCUUGAAGCCAUCACCACUGCGGGAGAAUGGCGAGGCUUGGACAGGUUCAGUCCCAUCGUGCAGGGACUAGGAGAUCGCUCCGUUCAGUUGCAAGUGGCGUGCAUGCAGCUCAUCAACGCGCUCGUGACGUCUCCCGACGAGCUGGACUUGAGGCUGCACAUCCGGAAUGAAUUUAUACGUUGUGGUCUGAAGGACAUUUUGCCGCAACUGUUGUCCGUGAGGAACGAGGCCCUCGACAUUCAGCUGAAGGUAUUUGAGGAGCACAAAGAAGAAGACAUGAUAGAAUUCUCUCACCGGCUGGAGGACAUCCGAAGCGAGCUGGAUGAUGCAGGGGACGUGUUCAGUAUUUUGCAGAACAUGGUGAAGGACAGCCCUGCGGAAAUGUAUUUCCUCUCCAUUCUGCAGCACUUGGUACUCAUACGCACCGACUACUUCGUCAGGCCCCAGUACUUUAAAAUCAUUGAGGAGUGUGUCUCUCAAAUUGUCCUGCAUCGUAACGGAACAGACCCCGACUUCAGUUACCGCAAACGCCUUGACGUGGACUUCAGCCACCUUCUGGAGGUUUGUGUGGAUAAAGUGCGAUGUGAUGAGUACGAACAACAAGCUUCAGAGUUGGCGGAGAAGUUUGAUGAAGAGUUCGUAAAACGGCAAGAGGCCCAAGCUCAGCUGGUUAAGUGUGAAGAAAAGAUGGCUGAGCUGCAAGCAGAGCUGCACGCCUUCAUGUCCCAGGGUAGAUCUGCACCAGUGCCGGGGUCUUCUGGCCACGCUGCUUCAAUACCUACCGGGUCUUCACCUUGCAACCCCGCAUCUGGCCUGCCAGUCCCCCCUCCGCCUCCUCCUCCACCUCCACCGCCGCCUCCGUUACCUGGUUGUCCAGCACCCCCUCCUCCGCCUCCACCAGGACUUGGAGGCGGCCCAGGCUUGUCCACCUGCCUCGUCCUGCCUUAUGGCCUCAGGCCUAAAAAGCAAUUCAAGCCCGAGAACUGCACCAAGCGCCUCAAUUGGUCCAAGAUACAUCCCCAGGAAAUGUCAGAAGGCUGCUUCUGGGUGCAGGCCGACGACAACCAAUAUGCAAAGCCUGAUUUGCUCAGCAGAGUCGCCCUCGCCUUCGGUUCGCACAGAGCAGAAACCAAAGAAUGUGAGGAGAGCACAUCAAGCGAGGAGCCACCAAAAAGAGAAGAGGAGGAUCUCGAUGAUAAGAAAUUAAUUAAGAAGCGAAUUAAACAGCUGAAGGUGCUGGAUCCCAAGAUAGCACAGAAUCUAUCCAUUUUCCUGGGGUCUUUCCGCCUGCCUUACAAAGACAUUCGUCAGAUGAUACUGGAGGUGGAUGACGAGCGUCUGACUGAACCAAUGAUUCAGAACCUGGUGAAGCACUUACCUGAGCAGGAGCAACUCAAUGCCUUGGCCAAGUUCCACAGUGACUACGCCUUGUUGUCAGAGCCUGAGCAGUUUGGAGUUGUGAUGAGCAGCGUGAAGCGCCUCGGUCCACGUCUCAGCCACAUCCUCUUCAGGCUGCAGUUUGAGGAGCAGGUCAACAACCUGCGUCCGGACAUCCUGGCCGUGAGCGCCGCCUGCGACCAGGUCAGGACCAGCCGCGCCUUCGGUUGCCUGCUGGAGCUGGUCUUGCUGCUGGGGAACUACCUGAACGCAGGGUCCAGGAACGCCCAGUCCUUUGGCUUCGAUCUCAGCUCCCUGGUCAAGCUAAAGGAUACUAAGUCAGGUGACCAGGCCACCACAUUACUUCAUUUCCUGGCACAAAUAUGUGAGGAGGAAUUUCCGCACGUCAUCACGUUCGUUGAAGACCUUGAACAUGUGGACAGAGCAAGCAGAGUGUCUGCAGAGAAUGUGGAAAAGAGCCUGAGGCAGAUGGAGAAGCAGCUGCUGCAGCUGGAAAAAGACCUCCAGACGUUCUCGUCCCCCGACGACCCCGCCGACAUGUUCUUCCCCAAAAUGGCUAGCUUCCUGCAGGGAGCGCGGGAGCAGCACAGCAAGCUGGUGAGUCUGCACAGCAACAUGGAGACUCUCUACCUCAGUCUGCUGGAGUACUUUGCUGUGGACCCAAAGAAAACAUCUGUGGAGGAACUCUUCACCGACCUCAGCAACUUCCGAAGCAUGUUCGCACAAGCGCUGAAAGACAACUUGAAGAGGCGAGAGGCCGAGGAAAAACAAAGACGAGCUCAGGCAGCCAAAGAAAAAGCCGAGCGCGAGAAGCAAGAAAGACGGCAGAAGAAGAGAGGACUGCUGGAACUUAAUGCAGAGAACGAUGAGACGGGGGUGAUGGACAGUUUGCUGGAAGCUCUUCAAUCAGGCGCUGCCUUCAGGGACCGCAGGAAGAGAGCACCAAGAACCAGAGAUACCCAGAAGCAGACCAUCAGUCCCAGCUCCUACCGCCAGGUUCUCAGGCCUGUGAACUAUGAAAACAAGACGGCCCCUGUGCAGAGGUCUCGCUCUCGUCGCGACGUCGCCGCCUGCCCGACGGGGGCGAAGGCCCCGCCCACCAAGGGGUCUGGCGGCCCGGCGGCCUCAGGAGGCGGAGUCACAGGCAGGUGCACAAAGACGGCAGGAGGGGAGAAAGACGUGGCUGGGCUUGCAGGGAUGGAUGAUGGAGAGGAAGGAGACCAUGUGGCGUGUCCAAAGGUCUCAGCAGGGGUCCGUGGGUCUCCUGGUAAGGAGUCUGACUUGGAAACUCUGCUGGCUAAACUCAAGUCCUUGUAGGGAACUCACAAGUCUAAAGCCAGGUCCUCGUAGGAAACACACAAGUCUAAAGUCAGGUCCUUGUAGGGAACACACAAGUCUAAAGUCAGGUCCUAGUAAGGAACACACGAGUCUAAAGUCAGGUCCUUGUAAGGAACACACAAGUCUAAAGUCAGGUCCUGGUAGGAAACACACAAGUCUAAAGUCAGGUCCUUGUAGGGAACACACAAGUCUAAAGUCAGGUCCUGGUCGGGAACACACAAGUCUAAAGUCAGGUCCUGGUAGGGAACAUACAAGUCUAAAGUCAGGUCUUUGUAGGAAACACACAAGUCUAAAGUCAGGUCUUUGUAGGAAACACACAAGUCUAAAGUCAGGUCCUAGUAAGGAACACACAAGUCUAAAGUCAGGUCCUAGUAAGGAACACACAAGUCUAAAGUCAGGUCCUUGUAGGGAACACACAAGUCUAAAGUCAGGUCUUUGUAGGGGAACACACACGUCUAAAGUCAGGUCCUUGUAGGGAACAUACAAGUCUAAAGUCAGGUCCUUGUAGGGAACAUACAAGUCUAAAGUCAGGUCCUUGUAGGGAACACACAAGUCUAAAGUCAGGUCCUUGUAGGGAACAUACAAGUCUAAAGUCAGGUCCUUGUAGGGAACACACACGUCUAAAGUCAGGUCCUUGUAGGGAACAUACAAGUCUAAAGUCAGGUCCUUGUAGGGAACACACAAGUCUAAAGUCAGGUCCUGGUAGGGAACAUACAAGUCUAAAGUCAGGUCUUUGUAGGAAACACACAAGUCUAAAGUCAGGUCUUUGUAGGAAACACACAAGUCUAAAGUCAGGUCCUUGUAGGGAACACACAAGUCUAAAGUCAGGUCCUUGUAGGGAACACAGAAGUCUAAAGUCAGGUCCUUGUAGGGAACACACAAGUCUAAAAUCAGGUCCUGGUAGGAAACACACAAGUCUAAAGUCAGGUCCUGGUAGGGAACACACAAGUCUAAAAUCAGGUCCUGGUCGGGAACACACAAGUCUAAAGUCAGGUCCUUAUAGGGAACACACAGGUCUAAAGUCAGGUCCUCGUAGGAAACACACAAGUCUAAAGUCAGGUCCUUGUAGGAAACACACAAGUCUAAAGUCAGGUCCUGGUAGGAAACACACAAGUCUAAAGUCAGGUCCUUGUAGGGAACACACAAGUCUAAAGUCAGGUCCUGGUAGGAAACACACAAGUCUAAAGUCAGGUCCUUGUAGGGAACACACAAGUCUAAAGUCAGGUCCUGGUCGGGAACACACAAAUCUAAAGUCAGGUCCUGGUAGGGAACACACAAGUCUAAAGUCAGGUCCUGGUAGGGAACACACAAGUCUAAAGUCAGGUCCUUGUAGGGAACACACAAGUCUAAAGUCAGGUCCUUGUAGGGAACACACAAGUCUAAAAUCAGGUCCUGGUCGGGAACACACAAGUCUAAAAUCAGGUCCUGGUCGGGAACACACAAGUCUAAAGUCAGGUCCUUGUAGGGAACACACAAGUCUAAAGUUUAUAUUAUAUACUUACAUUAAAUUCAACAACUCCAUCUUAUCUUCGAUUCAGAUUGGAUUCAGAAUCUUUGUGACCAAGAAUCACAAUUUGAACAUUCCGACGCUCCUAUUUAAUAUUUAAAUCUGAUGUAUGAUUAGUCAGCACUUUCUUACUUUUAUUGUGUUUAUCUGUUAUUUAUCCAAACUUGCUUUGCCAAGGAUAGAAGCCAUGCAACAUAUUCAUGUGUUCAUUAUUCAUGUGUUCAUUAUUCAUGUGUUCAUUAUUCAUGUGUUCAUCUCCACAAACACAACAAAGUGUUCGUAAUACAUGAGCUUUCUGCUAACUAAGCUUAUUUCUCAUUAAAAAGUAUUUCAUAGUCUCCUUUAACUUUAACAUUAAAAUCCUUUAUAUUGUCUUAUAUUUUCCCAAACGGGGACUUAAAAGGGAUGUUAAUAAAUGUUUAUGUCAAAGUGUGGUAAAAGGAAACUUUUACACCGAAACAAUCAUUUUGUCUUAAAAAAAUCAUCGAAGGUUCACAAAAAAAAUACGAAUGUGACUUUCAUUUUGAUUUGUUUGUUUUUUGAGUUCUUAUUCCUGUCGUUUGUCCUCCAAUCGCCGCUUUUAUAUCCGCUCUUGCAAUAAAAUAGUUGGUUAAUGACAACAUUUUUUUUA